UUCAAGGCCGAACCGCUUACCAUUUUAAAAAAAAAAGCGAGAUAUACCCUUUUCUCCUCCCUGCGAAAUUUCACCACUUCAAUUAUUCACUUCUUCGUUCUCACUUCACUCCUCCUCUCUGUUUCCCGCCUUCACUCCUCCUCUCUGUCUCCCUCGUCCUCACCUCUCUUCUCACUUCUUCAGAUUCUGGCCACCACCACCACCACUCCAUUGAUAUUCAUUUUUUUUUAUUUGGCUAUUGAAUUUGCGUUUGGGGGUCGUGGGUCGAGGCUGCUGCUGGUGGUGGGUCGAGGCUGCUGCUGGUUGGUCGAGUUUGCUGGUGGUUGCUCGAGGCUGCCGGUGUUUGGUGGUGGUGCAUGUUCGAGGGUGUUGUUCAACCGAGCCCAAGCACGCAUUCUUCAAUCUUCAAUCUUUGUCUUUCUCACUCUCAAAUUAGGGUGUGCACAUAUCAUGGAUCCUGUUGAGAACCUUCAUUCUGAUGAGGAUAUGGAUGAUGAUGAUGGUGACGAGUUGUAUGAUGUUAAUAAGGAGACGGAUAUGGGGGAACCGGAAGACCAAGCUUAUGACGAGUUCCAACAUAAGCUUGAUGAAUUUGAGCGUAUAGCUGAAACUACCCCACCUAUUGAUGAUAAUGUGGUUACCGAAGUUGUAGGUGAUUCACAUUGUGAAACUCAAAUGCAAAGGCAAGUGAAAAACACCGGUGGUGGAGGAGGGGUAAAGCCACCGGUGAACAGAAGGAGUAGGGGUGCUAAUAAAGCUUUCAAGAAACCCGGCGUUCCUAUGGUGCUUGAGUUUGACGAGUUAGGUCAACCUACUGGCCAAUGGCGCGACAAAUUUUCUAGUCAAGUUGGCAUUCUAACUCGUAAAAUACCAAUCACACUUGAGUUUGUCGAUAUACCUCACGGUUGCUUCAAACAUUUUGGGACGAUACUAUGGUAAGUAUUUAUUUCAAUCACACUUGCCAAAAAAAAAAAAUUGCAAAAACCUCCCCCGGGCCUAACCCGAGGGCUGCAGCCGGCAGCUGCCUAGGCUGCUGCCUGGUUGCUGCAGCUGCCCGGGGUUGCUGCCUGGGUGC